AUGAGUUUACUUGAUUUCAAAAACAAGUUCUAAAUUGAGAACCCCAAGAAAUCCCAAGACAUAUUCGAGAACAAUUUCUUCAGAUGGACUUCAGGAAACUUCUACAGAACUUCCUAUAAUGAUAUGGGAUCAAAGAGCCCAGUUGAGAGAAAGAAUGCAGCCAUUCCAGGAUACAAAGGAUUUGUUCCAGGCCUAAAGAAUGGCACUCUUAUUGGAAAGAGAUUUACCGAGUCUACUAGGUAGAGUCUUACCAGAGAUCUAGAUGAGAAGGUUCAACUAUACUCAUCAACAGGGUAAUCACAUUAUUUUAUGCAAAUUGAGAUGUUUAUUUUAUUUAGAUUCAACUUCAGCAAAAUUCCAAGACAAGAUGAAACCCUACAUGCAGUCAGCAAUAAAUAUGGAAAAACAACUAUAAUGGACUCUGCUCCAAAUUACAAGCCUGAGACAUGGGAUACUAAUGCAAGAGCUUCAUACUUUAAUCCAAAUACAUUACCAAAGGAAAACUGGAGAGCCAAGGAAAGUGGCAAACCAUUUGACGAUCAAAGCAGACCUAUUGACAACGCAAAUAGAAGUAAAAGAGUGAAUAGUUCUGGAUUCACCUAGAACAGCACACUUUUCGACGGCACCACUUGGAAAACAGAGUCUAAUUUACAUGGAGAUUAAUUGAGAACAUCCUAUAGAAAUCAAUAUAACGUAGAUAAGCCAUUCCACAAGAUUCAACCAAUUGUUAACCCUGGCCUUCUUAAGAGAAGAGAAUUAGUCUAUGACAAAGAAUGA